UUCGUGCAAUCUCCUGCUUGGAGUUUUGGAGUUGGAAAAAGUUGUUCUCUCUUUUAUAAAGACGGUUGGUCGUCUCUGCAGUUGAAGGUCUCGAUUCUUGUUCCAGUUUCUAGUCAAAAUAGACAUGGGAGAUAGGUACGACCGAGGUGGAGGUGGUGGUUAUAGCGGCGGCGGAUACGAUGACAGACGCGGCGGUGGCGGUGGCGGUGGUCGAGGAUACGACGAUCAGAGCUAUAGUGGUGGCGGCGGCGGUGGUGGCGGCCGAGGUGGAAGCUCAAGCAGCAAGCCUUUCCCCACGGAGCCUCCGUACGUUGCAUUUGUUGGGAAUUUGCCUUUUCGCUGCGUCCAAGGGGACGUAGAUGACAUAUUCAAGGACUUGCAAGUGCACAGUGUGCGCUUGAUCCGCGACAGAGACACCGACAGGUUCAAGGGUUUUGCAUACGUUGAGUUUGAAGAUUCCGAAUCACUGAGCUCUGCUUUGGACUACGAUGGCGCGAUCAUCGGCGAUCGUCGCAUGCGUGUGGACAUUGCCGGAGGCAAAGACCGGAAAGGUGGCAGCGGCAGUGGUCCACCAGGCGGUGACCGAAGAGGAGGUGGUAGUGGUGGCGGUGGCGGUGGCUACCGAGAUGACCGAGGUGGCGGCAACCGCGACGGAGCGUCGGACAGCACAGAAACUCAAUCCUCUGGUUUCGAUGGCUAUCGUGGCGGUGGCAACGGAGGUGGCCGCAGUGGUGGUGGUUAUGGCGACCGUGACCGUGGCUUUGGCGGUGGUGAUCGCAGUGGUGGUGACCGUGGCUUUGGCGGUGGCGAUCGCAGCGGUGGUCGCUCCGACUAUUCCCGUGGAGGUCAAGAUGACCGUGACAGGCGUGGACCUCCCCGCGGUGGUGCACCACCAGCACAGGAGACCUUCCGGGAAGCAUCAAAGGAGGAGCUUGCUGGCCGUCCCCGGCUGAAGUUGCAGAAGCGCACUGUGGCAGCACCGGUCAACCAGCUAGCUGACACUCUGGCCAACCAGAAGAUCUUUGGUGGUGCCAAGCCGCGUGAGCGUAAGGACGGCGACGACGAUACGCCAGAACCAACGCCUGAUCAGUAGACAGAAGGAUUUCCAAGUCUGCCCGAUUGCUGCCGGCUGUUGCAAUACAUGUAGCGAUCCAGCUGUAUUUCAAUGCGGCACGUUUAAUUUGAACAUAGCUCUUAUAGUUCUUGCUUGUAUUUUUUUGCUGCCUCCGCUCUUGGACAAGCCAGUUUGAUUCGCCCGUGGCUGUUGUUCCACCGUGUGAUCUGCGGCCCGUUGCUCUAGCCAGUUGGCAACAGCAUGGUAGACGGCCAUUGCUGCUCGUUGCAUUUGGCGGUAUGCACUGGUCGCCGGUGCCUCGUUCUCUCGUGUGCAGCCAUGCCUGCCUCCUUUGGUCUUGUCCCCUGUGUAUUCAGGUUUGCUGUGCUCUCGGGCGCGCGGCUAGCCUAGGUCGGUGUGGCUGUAUCUCUCUUUGUGCAUGUCGUGUGCUGCACGAUCCUUUUUCUAUGCUGCUUCCUCCAUGCAUGUGUGUGUGUGUGCGUGUGUGUUUCCUUUGUGGUUGAGAUUGUUGUCCGCGUACCGCCAAUCUGUCCUAUCUCCAGACACUGCCGAUAGCUUCUGUUGAGCGCGCGUUUCGUUUCUUUGUUUCGCUUCGCCGCUGCUGUCGGGUCCGUGUAAAGACCCGCGUGUGCCGUGUUUGCACCCUGCAUCUGUUUGUGUACUGGUCAGCUUAAACUGCCUGUACUAGUUUUUUUUCUCUUCUCCUGUGUCCCCCGUGACGACCUGCACGUAUGUGGCUUUGCUGCACACUCCGCCUUCGUCGUGCGGCCUUGUGAAUUUCUCUCUCUUUGCAAUAUGCUGUACAUAAGCUCCCCCACUUUUGGUAGAGGACCCUCAGCCCCGUGGCCUUUUCUUUCUUUUUCUCGGUUUUGCUCCUUUUUGACUACAUUUGUGGGAACGUGUAUAGGCCAAUGCAAUGGAGUGAGACCUACCAUAUAUUGUAUUUGCAAAAUUUCCUUGUUUUCUCUCUUUCUCUCCCUUGUUUUUUAUGCCUUUGCCAAUGCUUGGUUGCUUUCGUGGUGCAUAUAGUGCGUGUACAUCUGCAGUCUUGCAACAACUUGCUUGACUUCAUUUCCGUUUGCUCAGAUCACUCUCAGGCGCACUGUAAUAGCUGCUCGCUUUUCCGAUGCGAUGCCGAUUUUUUCCCGCUUCGCAUUCAACCACUUAUGGCAUGCGUGCUGGUGUCUCCGUGACGAUUCGUCUGGUUCGAAUUUAUGUGAAUGACGGAAGAGCUCA